AUGAUCCCCAAGGCAGCUCUCAUCGUUCUCAUAGCCGUUGUCGCUGUUGCCACCAUCACAUUUCUGAUUGCAAUCUACGAUGCAAUCUCCAGCCAUCUUCAAUCCCGCAGACUACGAAAAGACGAGCGAUCGAAUGAGUCGACUCUACCUCUAACUAGAGCAGCUACGGUCCCAGGAAUGGCCCCGGCUCCUAUCCCAACGACUGAACUUCUCCCGACUGACCGGACACCGACUCCCGAGGCCGAGUUCCCUCCUCCUCUUUCCGUCGAGUGGGAGGACUUGGCUGAAGCGGAGAGUCCACCACCCCUCCCUCGGCAGAGAGACAGCAUGCACGAGAUCAUCGACUUGUACACGACCGAGGCGCGGAAUCUUCCUCCUGGCCCCAAGUCAGCGCCAGCGAGGAUAACGACGUUUGCGCAGGCAGACUCUAAGUGGGCGUACUUUGGUGCCAAACGUGCCGAGUACAAUGUUGUUUAG